ACACGAGGCUUUUCGACUGUCCAACUUCAAGAAAUUUCUUCCUUCUGCUGGAAAAUAAUUUUCAUUAUACUCAAACUACAGAGCAGAAGACCCAGGUAUUUUUGAAGGGACUGGGAGACUCUGAAAGUACUCAGAACUAAAAGAAUGGAAAAGGCUGUCUUCACCAACCAAACUUCAGUGACGUUUUUCCAGCUCAGAGGUUUGUCUGUGAAUCCGAAGGUACAGAUGGCUGUGUUUGUCAUGUUCCUCGUUUUCUAUGUCCUGACACUGAUUGGUAACAUCCUCAUUGUCAUAACAAUCAUAUAUGACCGCCGGCUCCAUACUCCCAUGUAUUUCUUCCUGAGCAAUUUGUCCUUUAUUGAUGUCUGCCAUUCCACUGUCACUGUCCCAAAGAUGCUGAGAGACACCUUGUCAGAAGAAAAGAUCAUCUCUUUUAACGCCUGUGUGGUCCAGAUGUUCUUCCUACACCUCUUUGCCUGCACAGAGAUCUUCCUGCUUACUGUCAUGGCCUAUGAUCGCUAUGUGGCUAUUUGUAAACCUUUGCAGUAUAUGACAGUGAUGAACUGGAAGGUGUGUACAAUGCUAGCUGGGGCCCUGUGGACAGGGGGGACCAUCCACUCCAUCUCUCUCACCUCACUCACCAUCAAGCUGCCCUACUGUGGUCCUGAUGAGAUUGACAACUUCUUCUGUGAUGUACCCCAGGUGAUCAAACUGGCUUGCACUGACACCCACAUCAUUGAGAUUCUCAUUGUCUCCAACAGUGGGUUGAUCUCUGUGGUAUGUUUUGUGGUUCUUAUAGUGUCCUAUGCGGUCAUCCUUGUGAGUCUGAGGCAACAGAUCUCUGAGGGCAAGAGAAAAGCCCUGUCCACAUGUGCAGCCCACCUCACUGUGGUCACACUGUUUCUGGGACACUGUAUCUUCAUCUACUCACGCCCAUCCACCAGCCUUCCAGAGGACAAGGUUGUGUCUGUAUUUUUCACUGCUGUCACCCCUCUGCUGAACCCCAUAAUCUACACCCUUAGGAAUGAGGACAUGAAGAAUGCCUUGAAUAAGCUAAUCAGGAGAAAAGAAAAGUGAAAAUGCUAAGUCCUUGGGAUUCUUGGUGAUCCAAAUCAAAGAAGCAACUAUAUAUUGUAUUUACCAGAUGGUAUGGCCUGCAACAUUU